AUGUUGACUCUAACUCUCAUCACCGUUUUCACCCUCCUGGUUCAAUGCAUCUCAGUGACCGGUAAAGGGCCACGACCGUUGGUCCUAUGGCACGGGUUAGGAGAUUCCUAUGCAUCACCCGGAAUGCUGGAGUUUGUGCAGUUGAUCAAGGGUGUACAUCCAGGAAUCUUCGUCCAUUCCGUGUAUAUCUCAGAGAAAUUGGAAGAUGACCGAAAGGCUGGCUUCUACGGGAACGUGAAUGAACAAAUUGCCCUCGUCGCCGACCAGCUUGCCUCAAUACCUGAACUCGAAGGUGGAUUCGACGCAUUAGGGUUCUCCCAAGGUGGACAGUUCCUUAGAGCCUAUGUCGAACGGUACAACACCCCACAGGUUCACAACCUCAUCACAUUCGGUUCGCAGCACAUGGGGAUUUCUGAUAUUCCCGUAUGUGCUCGCUACGACUUCCUUUGUCAAGUAGCACGUCGAGCAGCGAAAGGGGCGGUCUACGGGGGUUGGGCACAAAACAACCUUGUUCAGGCACAAUACUUCCGCGACCCGACCAACUACAAAACGUACCUAGAAGCCAACCAUUUCCUCACAUCUAUCAACAAUGAACGUCCCGACGCCCGAAAUGCGACCUACGCGAACAACUUGGCGUCUUUGAACAAGCUGGUCCUUGUACUCUUCACGGAGGAUAAGACUGUUGUUCCCAAGGAGAGCUCCUGGUUCGGGUCGGAGCCGGUCCCUGAAGACGACUCAGGGUCAGGAUCGGUAUCACAGCAACUUUUGUCGAUCGAGAAGCAGAUCAUUCCUAUGCGGUUGCAACCGCUAUACAAAGAAGACUGGAUUGGGCUGCGAAAGUUGGAUGAGCGAGGCGAUGUGGUUCUCGAGACUUGUCAGGGGGAGCAUAUGGAAAUUGGGGAGUGUUGGGAGCGCAUAGUGAGGGGAUUCGCCGGUGGACAGAUGGGAUAGUGACGGGUGCUAGUUUUUUCUGCAAUAUCCAUGAAUCUCUUCAUUC